CCUGCCAUGCUUUUACACUUGUUAUACUCAAAGUAGAUAUAGCUCUCUCUCUCGCUCUCUCUGCCCACAAAUCCUUUUCCCUCAUGUGAACUAUACUAAUUAUCCACCUCUUCAUUCACUUCCUUCACGUUCUGAAAUAAAAUCACCAUCCCUCUCUUAUACCACCCCAAGCCUCACCUGUCCAUCCAUCACUUCCACCACACACCAAUGAAGGAUCUGUCCUUCUUCAUCCUCAAGAACUCUCUUUCUGCCAAGAUGAAGAAAGGCAUCCAAAGCUUCUGCAACAACAACGCAUCAACCUCCACACUUUGCCAAAGCAGCAACAAAGGCAGUGAAGAGACCCGAAAGUCACGAACUUUAGAAGAGAUGAUAGUGCAACUCGAAAUCGAGGAAGAAGAGGCAAGGAGAUCCAAGCUAGACGAUCUCCAAGAUGUCCCCAGGAGAAUGUCAUGUGUCGAUAGCAUAGACAUCAUGAAAUCUGCAAGAAAUGCUCUUAAUCAAUAUCCCAGAUUCUCAUUAGAUGGCAGAGACGCUAUGUACCGAUCUUCCUUCAGAAAUUUUGUGGACGGAAGGAAGUCAUUUUGCGGCGGCGGCAGCAGAACUCGAAUGCCGCCGACGUUGGCAGGGGAGAGAGUGGUUUGGUGCAAGCCAGGAGUGGUGGCAAAGCUGAUGGGAUUGGAUGCGGUUCCUGUGCCUGUGGGGAGAGAAGGUGGGAGGUUCAAUAAUGGAGGUUUUUUGAGCAAGAAGGAGAAUUUAAGGAGGAUGGGGAAGUUGGAGCUGGAGAAGGAGCGGAUAAGUUUGAAUCUGAAGAGCAGGAAGGGGAUGAGCAGAGAAGAUUUGGAUAGGUGCUUGGGACUGGAAUCAGUUCAUGUUCAUUCAUUUGUGGGUAAAACUGAUUGGCAGAUUAGGAGGACUCAAUAGGUUUUUGUUAACUUUGGCUAUCUAAGUGUGUAUUAACAGAGUCUCAGAAACAAAUAUGGAAAAAUUUGUAUGAUCUUCGGGUAUUCAGAUUACUGCAUUGCAUUAUAGAACAUGUUUAAGUUGAUUUCUUAUUCAAUUGUAAGAGAAACUUUUAUUCAUGGAAAAAGACUCAUCAAGCGACAAGUUUUAUCUGAACUCCUUAAGAGUAUUGCAAAUUCUUUUGAUAAAAUGGUAGCUUGGAAAAAUGAUUAUACACAGAUAGAGAAGAAGUUUCUGCCAAAAUUUCAAGAAAAUUGCGAAGUUGUUCGAUAAAAUCAAAGCAAAAGAAUCGGAGAACAAAACAAGCAAUAUGGGGAUAACUGAAUUGUAUGCAUGAGUAAAUUUCU